AUGGCACCAGAAAAGCACCCACGCGACAUUCAACUGAAGCACCGCCAUGAGCUCGCCCUGGAACUGCUUUUUGUCAAUCGCCAGAUAUACCGCGUGGCACGCCUCGUCCCGUUCCAACACAACGCCUUUGACUUCGCCAAGUGGAACGGCACCGGUCUGCUGUACUGCGACUUGUUCCUGCGGAGCCUACGCCCAUGGCAGCGUCGAAACGUGCGCACCAUCAUCCUGGACGUGCUGGCGAUUAGCAUCACCAGUCCCAGCCACAUGCAACAAUGGCUUGAUCUGUGCAAUGAGCUCGGCUGUCUGGAGCACGGGACGAGCUGGGAGGCUGAAAGCGCGGGACUGAAAACUCUAAGACUGACGAUAAGCGGCCGCAUCAUGAGCGGCGGGAGACAUACAUUCGACAUCGACUCGCGAUGGGUGGACGACGGGCUUCUGAAACCGACUUCUCUCCGCUUGCUGGAGAUGACUAUCGAUACCGAGCGCGUGGAUGAAGGGUCGCUGCCCAAGUUUGUCGCGGACGUACAACGCAAGCUGUGCAAGGCUGAGAUUGUGCUGAAGAAGAUGCACAGAGGGAAGCCAUCAGUUCUAUAUCUACCCGUCUCCUCUACGGCGAUUUCGUGCUAUUGA